CGAGAGCAUGAGCGGAGAAGCGAAGCAUAGUGUUCCCUGUUUUGUGAGAGGCUUUGGUAACUCCCCGGGUCUUCUAGCUCUGAUCUGGAAAAGCAAGUACACGUGGUGAAUGAAAGAUCUCAAUGGACCAUGUUGAUGAGCACAAGAUGGAUCCGAUACAUACUUAGCAAGAAAUAGCAAGACGUAAAUGAUGUCUGCAGGUGGCAUGAGCCUACGAGAAAACAGCUCUUGCAAGAAUAUCCCAGAGAGUACAAAUGUUGUUCAUCUGUGUGGUUGCGCACCCCACCGUUGUAUUAGCGUGCUAUAUCUAGUAUAACGAAAAGACGCUCCGAGAAAAAUGGAAAGACAGUAUAUGUAUAAAUGUGAUUUAGAAGAACACGAUGAGAGCCUGAAAUACAUAGCAGUGAGCUACUCGUCUGAGGUGUAUGCUCGCAACAGAGGAUAUCGCCGGAAAUACGACAGCUUCUGCUAGAUCUAUCAUUCCAUCUUGUUGUUUUAUCGAGCCAGCGAUUGUCAAUGUGAGUAGCUUUGAUUUUCAUUUUCUUCUUGAGUAUAUAUAAAAGUACAGUGUUAAAAGACCCAUGUCUACUAGUGGUGGAGGUGUAUUAUCAGGCCCCACCUGGCAGUAGGGGGGACGACGACGCCAAACCCAAAGUAAGCGCUUCGCAACUGCUAUUACAGGAAAGCGACGAAAUUCCUACCAGCGCGCUUCUUUACCAUCUCUGGUGCUACUUCUUGAUCUAAUAAUUUACGUAUGCUCCCCAUGGAUUUCGAAGAGUGGGGAGAGAGUAGCGGCGGCUCCCAGUUGGGAAGCUUUGCGCAGCUGGUAAUUUGCGGUGUAGUUGGCUGGUAUUUCGUGCGGGGGAAUCGUGCGGAGCCGGCAAGUACGACCCCCUCCUCACCCUCGACCAGCAAAUCAAGAAAAAAGAAGGACUGUGCGGGUGGUGUUAGUAGCGACGACGAGCCAAUACAGGAUGCAGCACCCAACCACCUGCGGCCGAAAAAGAGCCUGGCCAAUAUGACUUGUUCAAACUACCACUCGUCCCACUCUCGUGGUCUCCAAGCUCUACUUGUGCCUCGACGUCUCCCAUGAUGAUACCUUGCAACUGUCUCUCAUGUUUUCUAAACGCACAUCUGUUUGAGUUUGACAGUAUCUAUUAGUAACGAUUUGCAGGAGGUGGAACCAGAUGUGGGACAAUAGUUUGAGCAGGUGAUACGCAUGGCCUACUUUUUCUACAUCUCCGGGGGAUUUCUGACAGGCUCACACCACUUAUACCUGGAGAAUUAUGAGUACAACUUAUAUAUUGGAUACCGCUCCUGUGAUUUAGUCACAUGCCUCUUGUUGAAUUGAGGUGUCAACUUUCUUUCAUUUCUUUCAAAUAGAAAGGCCUGAAGCCCGUAGGUGUAUCAUCUACUACGGUGAGCAAGACCACGUCUUCAUGAAGGCUACAAAUCUAAUAAGCCACUAGACUGCGCCAGCGGCGCACAGGCACAGCCACAGCCCACUCGGUUCGUCAGGCCGCGCAACAACCGUAUAUUUAGACAUCGUCGAGACGCGAAAUGCAAAAAUGAAUCAUCAACACUUUUUCAGGUACGGCACGACCUACUUGUUCACCCUGGGGUACUUCUUUAUCGGCAUGUGCGCCGAUGCGUUCCUGCUCCCGGUAUAUGUAUACAACCACAACCGGAACGUGCACCCCCAGGCCGUCCAGGAGUCCUUCCGCGUCUGUCAGUUGCUGUGGAGGUUCUGCAAGCUCUGCUUGCUCCUGAGUGUGCUUUUCACGGCGUUCCUCGCCUUUUUCCCCGUCACGUACGAGUACGCCACAGGGGAGUUUUUGGCGAACACCAACGGAGUAUGAGACUGCACAAAUGUUACUCCUCUCGUCGUCACGCGUAAGCAUACAACCACACCAUACAUACGAGGAUUCUGUUCUUGUCUUUUGGCACUGCUUGCAUGACAGCUUCUAUCUUCCCGCAGCCAUUGAAUUUGAACUCGAAGAUCGCGCGGGGGCUUGUCAUGCAGUAGCGACAGUUCUAGUUGUACAACCAAUCAAUGCUUGUGUUAUUGUUCAUGCCCUUCAAAUGAUGGAGGGGGGACCGCUUGUGCAAGCUCAUACGAGGCCACGGUGAUGCAGAACCCCUACGACGUUCUGGAGAUACCAAGGGGCAGCACCAUGCCGGACGCUCACAAAGCCUACAAAAAGAUGUCGAUGAAGUACCACCCCGACAAAAAUUCCAGCGCUGACGCCAAGGACAAAAUGGCCAAUGUCAACGCCGCUUACGAAACGAUAAAAAAGGUACUUCAACAUCUACUUUGUGCUUUCAUGAUUACACUUGUUGUUGCAUUCCCAUUCUUUAUCGCAGCUCCGCGCACCUGCUGAAAAAAAUCGACAAAUGAUCAUUCCAGGGCACGAUCGGGCUGGAAUUCAGUGAAGACGGACUGACGGAGAUGGCGGAACGAUGGGUGGAGAAGUGGAAAACGCUGCUGAACUAUUUGGAAACCUCGUCCAAAGCUCGCAAAAAGGAGAAGGAGGACAAGACCAAAAAGGCCAAAGAGACAGAAGACACACCAUCGGAUGGAACGACCAACAAGAAAACCAGCGACAAAAAGAAAUCAUCUUCCAGCACAAGGAAAACAAAGGGACGGUAGAGAAUAAAAUCAAAAUCAAAGUCACCCCUACAUUAGAUAUAAAAACAUGUCGAGUUUUUUCAAAGAAACUGCGCGAUCUUUGCUACUUCUAUCUACCCCCAUCAAGAAUUUGUCACGUAUUUGUAGUAGUACGUAGCUCUUCUUCACAGAAGUGAUUCGGCUUCCCGUGAAAACCAAGUUUUUUCUACAUUUCCCUCGCAUGUACUGACUAGUACUCCCCAGCAACGCGCACUGGCCCCAUCCUCGACGCGCAUUCUUCAGCUAGAGGCUAAAGAACCAGCGCAUUGUCGAGAGCCCUUGUACGAAGGCGGCGACUUUUCAUCUUUUGCACAGUCACAAACUUUCUUAUGUUUGUGUGGUGGUCGUUCGAAGAACAAGACCGUGCAUAAAACAUUUUUGUUGUGCCUUUGCAAUCGAAGGACUCGCAUCUUCAAUACGUGCUUUCCAGCGAGGAGGACAAAAGUACACGGAAGAUCCGAUCGCUGCAGCAGCCUGUUCUCUUUCCAUACGAAUACGGUCCCGGUCGUGUGUGUUCACCGCAGAGAGGGACCCGCAUCCAUGGGAACAAUGUCGUGAGCCCGAGAAACAGUCGCAGAUUCGUGUGCCGUUCGUGCGUCAUUUAUUUCUGUUUUAAGCGUGA